ACUACAGGCAUGUGCCACCAUGCCCGGCUUCUCAGAGCUGCAACUUUAAGUCGGGAGAUAGGGAAGACCUCCCUGUGGAGGUGGCAGGUUAUCAAGCCAGGUGUAGAGAAGAACCUUCCAAUCAAAGGGAAAAGGCAGGUCAUGCUGUGCUCAGGAAUGGCCAGAAAUACUAUCACCCCCAUCUUAGAGACGGGGACAGGGCCGCAAAAGUGUCAGGGCGUUUCCUGGCUCCUCAAUAGCUGGAUCCGAUGUCGUCUGGAGGAUGAGCCGCCCUGCCUGGGGCGGACCUCCCCUGGAGCGCGAGGGUGCGCAGGGCUCACAGGCCUCUUGGGCACCGGGUCCCUCUCAGGUUCAGGCUUGGCGUCAGCAAAGGGACCUGCGCGGUGCCCUGGGGCCGGGGAGGCCCGAAGGCCAUCGCCCGUGCGGCGCGGCGGGUAGAAGUCCGGGCGGAGGUCGGGGUGCAGCGGGAGCAGGAGGCGCGCCUAGGGCGGGGGUGCCAGGCCCACUCCAAUCGCGGCAGGGUACGCGGGAGUCAGGGAGGCUCCGGACAGGGGGCGGACCCCAAGCCCUCGCCUGCCUGCCGCAACCCUCCCCCCAGUCUCUUUCCUUACCCGAAGGGCGGACACCGCAGACCGCAAACCGGAAGCCGUGCAGGACCAGCACCAUCUCCCUGGCUGCCAAGAUCGCGGGUCUCUAUGAUGACUCGGAGCCACCCCAGAAGACCGUGCGCAGAGGGGUGCUGAUGACCCUGCUGCAGCAGUCGGCCAUGACCCUGCCCCUGUGGAUCGGGAAGCCUGGUGACAAGCCCCCACCCCUCUGUGGGGCCAUCCCCGCCUCAGGAGACUACGUGACCAGACCUGGAGACAAGGUGGCUGCACAGGUGAAGGCCGUGGAUGGGGAUGAGCAGUGGAUCCUGGCGGAGGUGAUCAGUUACAGCCAUGCCACCAACAAGUAUGAGGUAGAUGACAUCGAUGAAGAAGGCAAAGACCAGGAGACACACCCUGAGCUGGCGCCGGAUCAUCCCGCUGCCCCAGUGGAAGGCCAACCCCAAGACACACCCUGAGGCCUUGUUUGGGCAAGGGCAGGGCAUGGAACUUGGGCAAGGCAGGAGAGGUAAUCAAGGAGAAAACCACCUUCUCAGGAUGCUGCGACCUUCGUGACAGCACGGCCAACACAGUAAGCCUCAGCAUUCGCCUGGUCACUGAGCUCAAGCAAAGCUAUCUUCAGUAGGGACUUUCCCUUUGGAGAACAUUUGCAUUUUCAUUUUACCUGUCCUCAAACUGACCCUUUGCUCAUUUUAAUAGCAAAAACCACAUCCCUGGGUGGAGAUUUAAAAUGCUAAUGAGACAUGAGUCCUAGGAACAAGCAUGUAUAGCAAAUGCCCAUGUGCACCCAGAGGACCACCCAGAACGUGCUUACUAGUGACGCCUCUUCCCACCCAUUAUGAACAGUUGUGUAAGACUCCCAUAAAGGGAGUUUUUCCUGCAGUAAUCAACACUGUCCCACCCUGAGGAGCAGCCCAUUCUGAACUCACUCAAGGUGUAUUGUCUAUUCUGCACUUAACUUUCAAAAUACUGUUUUUCUUUUGCAAUAAGUUACCAUGUGCUGCA